GUCCAUCUUCUAUCAGGAGUUGAAUAUCUCCUCAUGCUUUGACAUUUCGAUCACUUUGGAUUGGUAAGAUGUCGGCUAGGACAACAAAUGAAAAGAAAAAUGGAACAAAAGCAGAGGCGAAGAAUGAUCAAAUCACAGAUACUCAAACACCAGCUUGGAGACAAUUACCAUUUUAUGACGUGAGCACUGUACGUGAUGCUUCAGAUUUUGCACGAUCGCCCGCUGUUUUCAAAACACCUAGUACGAUUGCCGCAAUCGCACAAGCCUCAAUCGUACCAGCAUUCGUUCGAUCAAAUGUGGUAGCAAAUGCUGUAGAUCAAGCCAAUACACAAACCAAGAAAGAAUCAAAACGUCAAAAUGAAGCAGGCAGUAUACUCAUAGGAACACAAUCGGGAACAAUAAUAGCAUGCGAUCCAGAGAGCUAUGAUAUACUGGGAUCAUGGAUGGCAUUUAGAGGAACGAGUGCAAACAGUAAAGAAGCUAUAUCUUCUGGUCGUGUGACACAUAUCGUUUGUGAUGACAAAGGAAGGGCGAUAACAUUAGGUGAAGAUGAAGGUGUUCGAUUUCCAAUAUUACGGAUAUGGGAUCUGAACAUUUCCAUCAAAUCACCUGAUGGAGCACAGUCACCCCGUUUGUUAGCCGAAGCAAAAGUGCAGCAUGGCAGUAAACCAUUUCCAGUUGCAGCAAUUGCUCACACGCCUUCCUCCUCAUUCAUUGCAAUCGGGCUUGCGGAUGGAACAGUUUUACUUUUACGAAAUGUAUCGGAAACUCUAGAUAAUGCUCCCAGAAUAAAAUCGCAAAUUGAGACAAGUAAUGCUCCCGCUGUUACUCUACCGAAAUUCAAGGUAGUGCAUCAAACAUCGAUAUCAAAAUCCGGCGAAGCUAUAGGAAUGGAUUCUGUAACUGGCCUUGGUUUCUCAGAACACCGUCCUGCUACAGUACAACAAGAUCCACCAAGCAAUACGCACCCUGCUGGACCUGCACCUCGAAUCAACAAGCAAAGGAAAAGGCUGGAAACAAACAACUUUAUCGCAGCAGAGCCUGAUGCCGGCGAGGCAAUUGCAAAUCGUCAAUCAGGUACAACAGUACAUCUUUUCAUUGCCACAAUCUCAAAGAUAUUGCGCUACACCGUUCUUGGGAAAGGAGCUGGAUCGCCAGCUUCGUCUGUGGAUGAUGUUGGCUGUGCUCUUGAAUGUGCGGUCAUGGUACCUGCAAAUGUAGGUGAAUGGAAUGGCGUAGGUGUGGAAAAGGAGAGAUUGGCGGGCAAGAUGGUAGUAGCGCGUGAUGAAGCUAUCUAUGUGAUCGGAGCUGAAGGCAGAGAGAUGUCACUGGCAUUCGAAGGAAGGAAAUCAGUCAUUCGACUUUCGAGUACUCAAUUGAUCAUCAUUUCCCCGCCUAUGCCUGCUACUGCUGCUUCAGCUUCACCAACAGUUCGACAUUAUGUAGCCGAAAGGGAUAAGUCUUCCAGCAAUCUAUCGAAAUCGAACGAUGUGUCAAAAGUGACUAUUUUUGAUCUGGACAGCAAGCUAGUCGCACAUUCAAGCACGUUGGAAGGAGGCAUCCGGGAUGCAUGGUCCGGUCCUGAAGGCGAGAUCUGUGUUUUGGGUGAUGAUGGGUCGGUCACAAGACUUGAUGAGAAAUCGUUGCGGCAGAAAUUGGACAUUUUGCUGCGUAAAUCACUUUACUUGCUUGCCAUCAGUGUGGCACAGUCGCAUGCUGCCAGAAGUCGAAAGAAGAAUGGUGCUAUUGUAUCAUCCGAACAAAGUAAUGUUGGACCUUUACUUGGCGACAUUCAUAGAAAGUAUGGAGAUUACCUAUACGAAAAAGGAGAUUUCGAAGGUGCAAUCGGUCAAUUUGUCAAAUCGAUUGGAGUCACACAACCAAGUUAUGUGAUUCGUAAAUUUUUGGAUGCUCAAAGGAUCACAAAUCUUACCACAUAUUUGCAAGAGUUGCAUGCUAGAGGAUUUGCCAAUGCUGAUCACACUACACUACUGCUCAAUUGUUUUGCAAAGCUCAAAGAUGUCAACUCACUUGACAAAUUUAUCAAGAGACCAAUCGAAAAAGACGGAGAGAAGCGAAACAGAUCUGGAGAAGAUUUGGAUGACAGUGAUGAUGAAGGAGGUGAUGAAGAAGGCGGAGUAGAACAAUUACCAUUCGAUCUCGAUACCGCAAUUCGCGUUUGCAGACAAGCAGGCUAUUUCCAACAUGCAGCAUAUCUAGCACAACGAUAUCAUCAACCGGAUGAGUAUAUCCGUAUUCAGAUCGAAGAUGUGGGAGAUUACGUUGACGCAAUGCGGUAUGUGCGCAGUCUCCCGCUGCCUGACGCUCAGCGUAACCUAUACAGAUAUGGCAGAAGGAUGCUAGAUCAUGAUGCAGAGGCAACUACCGAUCUUCUCAUCGAGCUAUGUUCUGGCGCUUUUCAUCCUGUUCCAAUUGCUGAAGGAAGUGGAAUCGAUGCAAGCAAGGCGGAGAACAAGAAUUACUUGGCAUAUUUGAAAGUUGGAAGGUUAGGUGGCACUGGCGGAGGAAAGCUAGGGAAGGAUACUGUUGCAACGGAAGGCAAAGAGGCAGAAGAAAAAGUGCAGGACAAUGGAGCAAACGCUCUACCACCUCCUUCUCCUCGUCCGUUCUUCGCCCACUUUUUGAACCAUAGGGCGCAAUUCAUCCGAUUUCUGGAAACUGUCGCUCUAGCAAGAUGGGACGAAGCAGUUGACUUGGAUGUCAUUAAAGAUGCUAGAGGAAUACCUGAUCCGAUCGAGAUCGACGCAGAGGACGAAUUGGAAGAAGACGAGAAGAGAGAUCAAGAAACGAUUUGGAACACUUUGUUGGAGCUGUACCUCUCUUCGCACGAGCAGAAUGGUACAGAAGAAGCGCAACGGAAGAGAGCAUUAGCACUCUUGCACCAAUAUGACUCUUUGCCUUACGAUAUUGGCCAUGCAAUUGUUUUGUGUACACAACAUGACUUUGAUGAAGGUCUUGUGUACCUGUACGAAAGGCUAGGAAUGUAUGAGGAUAUCCUACGACUUUACAUGGAAAGAGAAGAUGGACAAGAAGAUGGAGCGGCGCAGAGUACCAGUGACAAAAUCUUGAAUACGCUCAAGAGGUAUGGAAGUAUUGAGCCAUCUCUAUAUCCACUUGUUUUACGUCACUUGGUAUCUGAUGAAAAGCGAUUGGAACGUCAUAAAUCUGACGUUGAAAAGAUUUUGACGCAUGUGUUCGAUGAAGGUCUUUUGUCACCGCUUGAAAUGGUUCAAUUGCUCAGUAAAAAGGGCGUGGCAAGUGUUGGUCUUUUACGUGAUCAUUUGAUGCGUGCUCUUGAUGCUCAAAGAAAUGAUAUCAAUACAAACGCAAAACUUACACAAACAUACCGCGAGGAGACACGGGAGAAACAAGAAGACAUUGAUGCUUUGCAAAAUCUUGAUCAACCAAGAAUAUUCCAACAAAGCAAAUGCAGCUCUUGCGGCGGUAAUCUGGAUCUGCCGAGUGUUCACUUCAUGUGUAAACAUUCUUUCCAUAGUCGUUGUUUGGGCGAAGGUGAAAAUGAAUGUCCACUUUGUGCUCAAAGUCAUGGAGUCAUUUUGGAAAUCCGAAAGAAUAACAUUCAAUUCGGACAACGACACGAUCUGUUUAUCAAUGAAGUCGAAGAAGCUGAAGACGGAUUUGAUGUUGUGGCAAGUAUGUUCUCAAAAGGACUUUUUGGCGCUCAACAGUUAGGACAAUCGCAGCCAUGAGCAUGUACUCUUAAUAGAUUAUAUACCAAUGUCAUCGUACAUUUUUGAUUA